AAUGAUCGAAGGUGCAAGUCCUGUCACACAAGCUUUGUUAGGCACUUUAUUUACCUGGGCCGUAACAGCGGCUGGCUCAGGGCUUGUGUUCGUUUUCAACAGUAAUCAACGAAAAAUUUUAGAUGGAAGUCUUGGAUUUGCUGCUGGAGUUAUGCUAGCUGCUUCUUACUGGUCGCUGUUGGCUCCAGCAAUAGAAAUGGCGGCAGCGUCAGGCACGUAUGGAACAGGGGGAGAACUAGCAUUUAUUCCUGCUUCAGUUGGAUUUAUACUGGGAGCUGCAUUUGUUUACGGUUCAGACGCGCUGCUAAAACAUUUGCAACUAGAUAAUUAUAACAUUGUACCUGUUUCAAACAACUAUUCUGGUGGAGCUGUUUCUUACAAGUCAGUCACAACACCCACUGAAGACUUGCCACUAGUGGAUGGCAAACCUUGCCAUCAUUCGGCCACAUUGGACUCUGCUGUAAGAAGGCGCACUAAAGAUGAGAAACCAGAUGAUUUAUUGCAAACAGAUAUCGGCUCGAAAGGAGAUGAUUUGAUGGUCGACGAUGUACACCAGAAUGUCAACUGGAAACGGAUACUGCUGUUGAUAGUUGCGAUUACAGUUCACAAUAUUCCAGAAGGUUUAGCUGUUGGUGUUGCCUUUGGUGCCAUAGGGAAGUCACCAUCAGCGACAAUAGAGAAUGCAAGGAAUUUGGCUAUUGGAAUUGGAAUACAGAAUUUUCCUGAGGGUUUGGCUGUGAGUAUGCCACUGUCAGGAUGUGGCAUGUCGCCGUGGAAAAGUUUCUGGUAUGGACAACUAAGUGGAAUGGUAGAACCUUUGGCUGGCGUCCUCGGAGCUGCUGCAGUAGUAGUGGCUGAACCAAUGCUUCCUUAUGCAUUAGCAUUUGCGGCAGGAGCCAUGAUCUAUGUUGUUAUAAAUGAAGUAGUACCCGAGGCCAACACAAGCGGAAAUGGACUCUUAGCUACAUGGACAGCAAUUGUUGGUUUUAUUGUCAUGAUGUCACUAGAUGUUGGACUCGGUUAGUUUGUAUACUGAUAUGGUUAUUGUUACUGUUUUGUAUAAUAUUCACGUGUAAUCUAUACAAAAAAAAAACAGCUGAACC